AUGUCGGAUGCCCCCAUUUUGCCGCUGCGUCGAGUGGUUGUUCCACGCAGGGAUGGUAAGUGGAUAAGAGACGGUUGGUGAAAGCGGACACACUCGUGACUGCGGGAGUAGACUGUCUGAUCUAGCAGGCAGGAAAUGCUGGUGUACAGUUUGCCAGCGUGACCAUAAGAAGGCUGGCGUACAGAAGCCGAAAAAUCAGUCAUUCGUUAUGACGUCGUGGACAGUUUCUGUCCUUUUUAGAGGCUGCAUUUCAUAGCUUACCUCAUAAUCAUUAACAUUAUUUUAAUUAACCAAAUGCACUCUCCUUUACAUUUUUCUUCUGCAUCCUUUCUUCACUGACCAAAAGUCCCCACCUUUCAAACUUAGUAAUAUGUGCUAAUAAGACCAGGUUGCCUGAGAUUUUGAAGCUUCGUAGUAGCGCGUUUUUCUGGCGGGCUUUGUCAAGCACCCGUAACUUAUAUUUUCAGUUAUCGACUAUCAAGGGCUCGACGAAAAAGAGGUAGAGCUGCAGCUAGACGUCCUACGAAAGCUCAAAGCCAUGCUGGAUAAAAGGCUUGAAGGUAAGCCUUUUCUAAAGGGAGUAACUGUUUUUCUGGUUGACUAGUUUCAAAAAUGUCCCUCCUCUGGAGGAUUUUGGAGCGAAAGAAUAACCGAAAAACCUGUCCGUUGACUGAACCUGGUAUUCAUCUGGUGGAUUCCAGAUUGGUUCCUUGGAAAAUUCUGAUUGGGCAGUCAGCCUACCGCAUGAUGAUUGGUGGGUCCCAUAGGUUGCAGCAGGUUCGGCAGGUAACUUGACCCAGAUGCAAAUAAAUUUACGAUUCCCGGUGAGACCUCGUAUCUCAAGUGGUUACAGCUUUGGCUGUACCGAGAUAUUUUACGCGCUGUUGAGGGCUCGAAGCCUACCGAUGUCGCUGGGUUUUCACAACUGGGUCGAAUGAAUUAGCAGAAGUCGUUUCACAUUUCUGCCGAACAAAGAGAAACUUCGAACUAAGCGGGAAUUUCCGCUCUCCUCUAGUGUAUUUCAGAAGCUAGCAAGGUGUUCUUAUGGACAACCCACGGUAACGGGCCAUAAUCUACUACCUUCCCCUAUAAGGCCAACUGCUAAAGGCUUCUCAGGAAGUGGCAAUUGUCGAUUAUGGGUCAGGCCACUCAACGUCGUAGGUAAAGUCACGUAGAAGACUAAAACACGAAUACGUUGGCGACCACAUCGAGCAAAUCCGCCGUCGACUUCACAAGUCUUGUCAGAGAUGAGGAGAUGGACGAAGUUUCGUCAUUCUAUAAGAGAAACUGUAUUGAAGCAGUUUUAGUGGUGAUUAUAUUGAUUUUGCCAGUCCACAUUUGAGCAAGCUUUUCGUCCAGAUAUAUUUUUAGCUCGUUGGCUCAUCCACAGAAAUUCUGAAGAGCGAAUUUUUCUAUGCAACUUCUCGAUCUGGCUGGCGAAAGCCGGAAUAAUUCCGCUUUUGUCCGUUAACUUUAGAUAGAAGCAUGAUUUUGAUCCGUCAAAUGAAGGAGAUACAUAAGCACACCACCCGCGUAAAGGCGUGGAUCCGAAUUUUUGCCUGGAAGGCAUUCAGACGUUUUUCUCUAGCUCUGACGGUCAUGUAGGAAAAGGCUUAUGACCACUUCAAAUUAAUACUUGUUGGAACACAUGCCAAUCCAAGCGAAAAAUAUUAAUAGUAACAACCUUUUUGGCUUUGGGAAAUGUUUCCUCUAGGUAACCUGAUAAAUGGUCAGAAUUUGAACGCUGGCGUUUGGAAGGACACUAGAGACACUUGCUUGCACGUACUAUUGGACGAACGCCGUUCCUUUAGCCUUCAGAGAAGACAGGAGGCAACAAUAAGAAGUUAAUGUGCUUGCAUCUAAAGCGAGACAAUUGAACGCCGUAUUUCAUGGUGUUCCAUUUAAAUGCGUUGUUGCGGAAUGACUUAACUACACCCUGCGGUAAAAGAAAUUAUAGCCAAAUCCAUAUCCAAGGCACACGGAGAAUUCAGACGUUUCCGUUACGGUAUACAUUCUCAAAACAGAAUAUUGACCACGUCUUUGAACUUGGCAUGUAAGUAAGCGACACUCUUAUUAUAGGUGAGUUGUCAGAUGUAUUGUAAAGACACUUGCGCCCAACUUGGCGCUUUCGUUAGAAAGUUUAGUGGACGCGCUGCAGUAACUUGGGAGUUCAAACAACCAGAACGGUUCAAAUCCCUUCUAUAAACUGUUACAUGGACUUUUAUUGUAAGAAUUUAAAAUUCACCGAGCCACUGCAAAGAAAAAUUGACUGGCACUUUUUGACUUAGGCGAUGACGCUGCUAGAGAGGCACUUACAACCUUGGCCAACUCGAUAAUGAAUGAUGUCCACAGGGGCAAGGAUGGCCUUCGAUCGCUUGAAAACAUUUUGCAAGGUGAGUUUUCAUCGCACAAAUACUCAAUCUCCGCAUUCUUGAUAAAAACCGAAAGGCGAGUAUCCGUAGUAGUUGAGGAAGAAUUUACGUUAAGAUGUUGACGUGAAAACUCCCUACUCCGGGGCGGAGGGGGGGAAUUCGCUAAUUUCCAGGGAAAUUAAAGUUAGUGUCACUUUUAGGGUUAAUUUUAGGGCUAGAGUUAGGACACGGGUAUGUGUACCCUUCCCACAAUUUUGCGCAAGGCCACGUAUGGUACGGAGGAUUCUUGUUCCCGUGUUUUAUCAAAUUUGACUCGCACGACGUUUCGGACUUAUGUCCGAAGCCAGCAUCAAGGACAACAACAGACGCAGGUGGUGGACUCACAGGGCGCACAGUACUUACGGGGUGUAGUUACCACGAAGCCACAUGACGGCGAAAAGUAGCAGCUCCGCAUGAAUCGCCUGUGUUUUUAGUUGGCACGAUAAGGGCUUGCUCAGCCACCAGGUGAAUGGCCUUAUUUGAGGCGAUUUCAUCUUCGUUGUUUGUAAUUGGCUUGAUAAUCAUUCCGUUAUUUGACUUCCAGACAGUGUGUCCAAUUGCGUAUAUUAGUUUUUAAUUGCGCUCGUAUACGCACAUGUGUGUGUAACGGGAAGUGCCUUUCAGUCGCUGACUGACUGGUUACCCCCUCUGAAGGGUGAUGGCCCAGGCAAAUUCGGGGUUGUGUGUCACCCUUCUGAGCUCCAAGGUUUGUGAGCGUCAGCUAUGCCACGUUUCAGCAGACCAUGGCCCUGCCAGCCUGGUGUGUACUGGCAGUUCGCCGGUAUGUGGUUAACUGGGGGUAGAUGCGCCUGUGCUCCCGAUAGGUAUGCGGGUCGUGGGCAUGGCUGCUCAGCCAUCCACGUCUUUUUUGUUGUUGUCGUCGUCGCUGUUGGUUAAAAUUCUGGUCAAGUGUAUGUUGUGGACCAGAGAGUGUGGAUUGGAGAACCAAGGUGCGGGUUCGCCGCACCGUCCACCUGCACCCAUCCUGCCUCGGUCUUCUUGACCGUUUUGAAGCCGGACCCAGGUGGGAAGGAGAAAGUGCGGUAGAUGUCGCGCAAGUCUACAAUCGCUUUGAACUAAUUCACGCGAAAGUCGCUGCGCCUACUUUAUCUUACUGUGGAGCACACAGUGGACAUCGUCGGAUGCGCUGGUCGAAUUUUCAGAGCGAGCGUAACGUCCUUUUCGCUCCGAAUGGCUUGAAAAUGCCAUUUUAAAAUCCAGACUCUGAACUCUGGAACGUGCUCAGAGGCGGGACGGCAUUCAAACGCAACCAAUAGUGGCCUCUGAUUCAAGUCGCUGUGGAGGUCUUUGGAUUUACUCAUCUCAAUUAGAGAUAACCAAGAGCUUCAGCACAUGCCAUUCAUCGGAGCUGUUUUGUCCUGAUUAAGCACUGCUUACCCGUAGAUAUGAGAGGAAGUUAGAAAGAUAUCUCGAUCACUGUUUUCUAAAAGCAUCUUGACGACAUAUCUUAGACGGCAGUUUUCCCACGGAGAGGUUGUCCCAUCACCUGACGGUCUACAGAGUCUGAUAGUGAGUAUAUGGAAACCUGGUCUGAUCAUUAUAUCAACUUUGGCAGCUUCGUGUCCCUCCAAUAAAAACGAAAUCUAGUUCGGCAUUCGGCAAAAGGGGUUUAAAAUUUGUUAGGCGGGCAGCAUCGAGGAGGAGCUUAGAACGACCAGGACUUGCCUUGCGAAAUGGACUAUCAGAUAGGUUUAUUUCGAAGAUCAAUGCCGAGUGUCCAGAGAAACCCACCCCGCUCACUACUAGGAAGAAAGCCCUGUUCUUUCAAAUCCUCUUUCAAGGGGAUACUGCGUGCGGACUCCUAAGAGGGCGCCUUGAUCAAGAUUUCUCACGAAUCUUCUGAGCAGCAAGGGUUCGAAUAUUAUUGUCUACUAACCCUAUUUUACGCCGGGAAGAUAAGGAUAGGUUGCCACCCAAAACCAUCUAAAUGUACAUUACUCCUUCACUUGCUCUAGUGGAGCAGGUUAUCCUGGCCGCACCAGUCAGCACCUAUUCAAAAGAGUGCGAGAAUACCUCACAGCAUGGCUGAGAAUAGGGGAAAUUGGGGUCAUAAGCAGGGCUAUUUACGCACGCAUUGAUUCGGGACAUUGUGUGGACGCCAUCGAAGUUUUUAGGGUGAUUUAAAAGGUCCCACUUAGCUUCCCCUAAGCUACUAAUCCAGCGUUUAUUAGCGACAGCAAAAGCGCCCACUAUCAGGUCAUGAAAGCCGGCCUUGUGCGCGCAGAAGAACCUCGAUCAUGGUCCACGCUUACGGUGGUCAAAGGUCGACUAACUGCAUGCAACUCUCCGCAACCUUCCACUCUCACCCCCUGGUACUGACUCUUAUUACCCUCCACCACAUAUUCCCACGCCCUGCCUGUGUUUUAUGACGAACUGUAAUCGAUUUCUUUAAUCACUGACAUAUUUUACUUGACCCCUUUCCCGCACAAACGUACCGGCCUGACGAGAAUUUAGCGUAAGUAAGCGUAUGCAUGCUAACUGGUCUUCUGAGGACCCUAGUCCUUUUCUUUUGAUCUAUUAGCAAAUUCUUGGGAAUCCUUUACCAGCAUUCAGUAUUGCGAAGUGCUUGAACUACAGUCUGACCUUUGACACCGUUCUUGAAUUUGCUACCACGACCGACCUCUGACGUCGCCAUUCAGCAGGCAAGGCUAGAUGUGCGGAUGUUCUUCAUCUCAGUCAGUGACCAAGCCAUGAUGUCACUACCAAUGGAAGGUUUUAAAAGGUAGACCGACAGAUUUAUGAUUCAGAAUGAGUCUGAGGGAUAGGAUAUUGAGCUCGACCCAUCAGAGUCACGAUCAAGCUUUUAUUAUUCAAGGCCAUAUGAUCUCUCUGUGCAUAACACCCAAUUUUCCGUUGCAAAUAGUGUACUCAAAGGCUCAUGUCUAUCUGUCUUCAAUAAACUAAAUUGAACUAAAUGCUGAUGCAGCAGAUACUUCAAUCUGAUUCCAACUUCUAAAUUCCAAAGACAUUUCGGAACAAUCGCAGUUGAACUACAGAUUUAGGAAUGUCGGCUUAGGUUAAGCAAGACCACAUAGCUAACAGGCGAUUGCUGUUUUACGGAGGAUUCUUGCCGUAGAAGUCACCUAGGUCGUUAAAUCAUAACUGGGUGGUUCAUCAGCAAAGUUUGAAUAGGUAGUUGUUGUAGGUAGGUAGGUAGGUAGGGAGCUACCUCCCAGUACUUUUUAAAUGACUUGACCGGAGGUGCUGUGUAGGACAUAACUUUUACCAACCAAAGUCCGUUUCACGCGAUGACUUCCGUUAUCCGUUUUAGAUUUCUUUGAGAAACUGGACACCAUGAAGAUCGACGAUGAUGUGAAGGCGGCAUUGAAGGAGGAUUCGAUUCUGUCAGCUGUAGAUUUGCAACAGGAAGGCCUAGCAGAACCAGAGCAGGAGGCAUUCCUGUAUAGAAUCAUUGACAAAGUUAAAGGUGAAGCUUUUCCGAAGUAUCUUUAUCGUACUUGCUGCUCAACUCUAAAAAACCGAAUUGUUUUUUGAUUUAAAAUCUUUAGGAGUGACGGAAUUUAGUCCACUUGCCAAGAUCGCCCUGGGUUUCUUCCGGUCACCCAGAAACGGGCCUGGUUACAAAGCGAAACAAAGUCUGCUAGGUAGGUGUGAAAUAUGAUUCUUUGUAAUUUAUCUUUAUGUGGAAAUUAUCUUAAAUUGGGUUCUUUGACGAAAAAUGGUGUGGGCAGCACCCGAAGUAAUCGACAGAUUUAGUGCCAUGCGUGUGAACAUGCAGGCGUUUUUGGGAGUUUGUUGACAGCGUUCUGUCUAUUUUAAGAACGUGGCGUACAAUCACGUCCUUCGUAAGACACGGUGCUAGAAUUGGGAAUUAUAGGAAUGGAGAUUUGACGCUCCAAUUGCGAUAACUUCCAGGAGGGGCAUAUACUCCCGUGCCCUGAACCUACUCAAACCUUAACCCUAGCUUUAAGGCUAAACUGAAUCCUGACUUUAAUCCUAAUCCAGAACGUUACAUUGCCUUAACCUAUCUGGUAUUUAGUGCAUGGCCACUUGUAACGCGUGGUGGGAGGGGGAAGUAUAUAUUCCAGUUUUCUACCACAGUAAAGAACUGGUCUAUAGCCGCAAACAGGUACAGUGGUGUUGAUUUACUCCUGUUAAUUGUACAGGUUAAGAACGGAUUAAUAGAAUUUUACUAAGUAUUUUAGUGAAUAUCAGAUAGGGGGUUAAAAAUCUUAAAGAGGUCCACCACAGAAUGACCUUAACCGCGAACGAAUGAAGAAAUCUAAGAGCAAAAUUAAAAAUCAGAAACAGAAUGCAAUAUAUGAUAGGCCACACAUUUUAAGUGAUUCUCAAGUCCCAAAGUAAGUAAUUUGAAAUUUACUGAAUUAUUUUUUAAACCAAGAACUCAGGGGUUAUAAAUCACCACGAGGAGUUCAGCACUGCCUCAAGGACGGGUAUCACAAGAAUCAGAAAUUAGUGGGACAUUGGUCUUGCAGACUUACCACGAAUCAGCGACUUCAGCAAGGAAGUAUACUAUCUGUCAUCUCUUGAAGGUCGACAAUUUGGACACCAGGAAUGGAGUAAUUAUUACUUAUUCCUAGAUUAUCGAUACAAAAUGAACGUCUAUAAUUUGACUUUCCCGUAAAAAAACUAAAAUUGGACAAAACGAAAAAAAAUAAAGACAAAAAAAUUACACAAAUAAAAAUAAUAAUGAUAAUAACGACUAAUUAAAUCGGCGACGACUAACUUCGGAAGGAAGUUCACGCAAUUAAUGAAAACAAAAUAAAAAGCGUUGUUUGACAGACAACUAGUAUUAGUUGGUCAGCAUAUAGAGUUCGCAGGAAAAUGUUUACCUCGGCAAAGUAAGAACAAGCAUUACAGUAAAUAAUUCAGUGGAAAAAAUGUGAGGCGACAUCCGCUUAUAUACAGGACUACAAAAUAUAAACUGGGAAAAACAUGAAAAUAGCACUGGCAAAACGAACAGCAAAAAAUAUGAAAAAGAGAACAAAGAGAAAUGGUCCUCAAAAUAUACAUGAGAGGAGAAAAAGAAUGAAAUCAGGAAGUACGAAAAACUAAGAAAAAAAAGAUACUAGAAAGAAAACAGAAGUAAGAAUACAGGCUAAAAAAACAAGAGAGAAAAUCAGGAGAGAAAGAAAAUUAUAGCGAGCUGUGGGAAAGAACAGAAAAAUAAAAGGAGAAAUGCGCGGGUACAAAGAGGAAGCGCCAAAUUAAACAGAAAAAAACAAAAAAUAUAAAAGGAAAAGAAGGUGAGUUAACAAAAUAAUACAAAACAGAAGCAGGUAAAGUAAAACACAGAACGGAAGCCGUGCGCGCCCCUGCGAACCCCGAUGCAUUCGACUGCGACCACGGCAUGUACAUAUUUGCGAGGACAGUGCACUUGCAUUGGGCCAACAUCACACAGAGAGCAGAUUGAGGUCGCAGAUCCUGAACAUGAGAUGCUCUUGUGCAUUCUGCGAGAUUGCUCUUGGGGCAGGUAGUGGUAACUCAUGCAGUGUCGAUCGCAUGCUGCAGAUAAGCAUACAUUCCAUCUUUCUUUCCUAGAAUCCUCCACUGAUGUCUUCACAUCGACAUCGGGUGCCACAGUCGACCAAGUGCAGCCAGUCUCCUCCAUUGCAACUUCCUCCUCUACCUGGUUGUCUACAACGACAAACGCGACACCGUCGAACUCUGCCUCGGAAGGUAAGUGGAUGCAGGGAUGCGUGCAAGGAAUCUUCUUCUGUUUGGCGAAGUUGGCUAAUGAGUGGUGGUGCCGUGGUAGAUUGAGAGGCAGUAAGACUGAAGGAGAGACAGAAGGGAUGAAGAGAGAGCAAGAGAGAGGGAGAUAGAGACAGAGUGUGAGUGAGUGAGAGAGAGAGAGAGAGAGAGAGCGAGGGAGAGGGAGAGGGAGAGGCUUUGAGGACUAGGCUCGAAGUGACUUCGAAGGGUAGGCCUAGUGCGCUUCUCACAAGCCUCAAUGGCACCAGCGCAAACAAAGCCAUUAAUGAGAAUGAAAGGACAAAAUAAUACCACCAACAGCGCCACCACCAGAAUCUACACAAACACAACCACGAAGGGCAGCUCCAUCAAAGUCAAAUGAAAAAAAUAAAAACAAACAGAACACCACAGCAUCAAAGGAAAUGUCACCACGAAAGAUCACACUAAAUCCAUGACCGCCAGCAUCACAAAAAACCAAUAUCAACAACUCGGCCGCCAUCAGUAAUUUCAUCGCCAAGGCAACCACCAAAUGCUCGACUAUCAGCAUCACCAAAUCCAAUAUCAACACCACCAAAACAACGACCACCACCAACACAAAAACUACCGCCAACGCCAAUGUCAGCACUCAGAGCAACAACACCGUAAUCAUCAGCACAAGCACCAACACCAUUAUGAGCACAUCCAUCCAAAUUCUGCUUAGUCACAUGUGA